GAGCCGCGCUGAGUGUCUGUCGCCUCAUAUUGAAUUUCAGCGCGGCAGCAGUCGGGUUUCUCUCCGGGAGAUCAGGUUUAAAGCGGUCCUCUCCUCCUCCUCCUCCUCCUCCUCCUCCUCUCCCUCCCUCGGAGCUCUCCUCCGGCCCGUCACUGCCCCUCUCCUUCCGUCCGCAGGUCCGCACUUUGAGUGGAAGUUUCCCCCGGCAGGCAGAGCUGCUCCGCCGGUCCGCGGUGCGCCCGGAGAGUCGGAGGCAUGGAGCGCCGUUAGGAGCCGGUACACCGAGAACAGAGGAAGAGGACAGCGAGGGGAAGGGAAUAAACCAGUCUGACUUAACAGGAACCAGGGACGACGUCCAAGGGAGCCUGGGUGCAACAGUGGAACCUCCUCCUUGAGAGAGCUUUUCUCCUCUGGAUGUUAUGGCUGAAAUGCUGAAUCCGUCGGACCUGCUGAGUAUGCCCCGGAGCCCCACCUCCAGUGAGGAUGAGAUGGCCCAGAGCUUUUCCGACUACUCCGACGACUGUGCCUCCGACAGCUCCCGCGAAGAGACCAUUUACGAGACCAUAAGGGCCACCGCCGAGCCAUCGCAGAGCCGCAUGGACGACAUUCACACAAACUCGCUGGUCGUCCGUGUCCUCAUCCCUGACCUGCAGCAGACGAAAUGCAUGCGGUUCAACCCGGAUGCAACAGUCUGGGUUGCCAAGCAGCGGAUCCUGUGUACACUUAAUCAGAGCCUGAAAGACGUGCUCAACUAUGGGCUUUUCCAGCCAGCCAGCAAUGGGAGGGACGGCAAGUUCCUGGACGAAGAGCGCGUCCUUCGAGAGUACCCCCAGCCAAUCAGCAAGGGCGUGCCGUCUUUGGAGUUUCGCUACAAGAGCCGAGUCUACAGGCAGCCCAAUGUGGACGAAAAACAGAUUGCCAAACUUCAUACAAAGGCCAAUCUGAGGAAGUUCAUGGACCUCAUCCAGCAUAAUCAGGUGGACAAGGUGUCUAAGUUGCUGGAGAGAGGCUUCGAUCCCAACUACCAUGACAGCGAAACCGGUGAGAGCCCGCUGACGUUUGCAGCCCACCUGGACAAUGUGGUGGAGAUUAUCAAGGUACUGAAGAAUGGAGGAGCUCACCUGGACUUCAGAGCCAAAGACGGCAUGACGGCCCUCCACAAGGCUGCCCGGUCCAAGAACCUGGUCACGCUCACGACAAUGCUGGAGUUGGGAGCUUCCCCAGACUACAAGGACAGCCGUGGUCUGACUCCUCUGUAUCACAGUGUGGUGGUGGGAGGAGACCCGGGCUGCUGUGAGCUCCUGCUGAACCACCAUGCCUUCGUCUGCUGCCAGGACGAGAACGGCUGGCACGAAGUUCACCAGGCUUGCCGCCACGGCCAUGUGCAACACCUGGAGCAUCUGCUGUUCUAUGGAGCAGACAUGAGCGCCCAGAACGCCUCGGGAAACACUGCUCUACACAUCUGUGCCCUAUACAACCAGGAUAACUGUGCCAGAGUGCUGCUUGUUCGUGGAGCUGACAAGGAAGUGAAGAACUACAACAGCCAGAGUCCAUUUCAGGUCGCCAUUAUCGCUGGAAACUUUGAGCUCGCUGAACUCAUCAAGAACCACAAAGAGACAGAUAUAGUGCCUUUCCGCGAGGCUCCAGCCUACUCCAAACGCCGCCGGGGACCGUCUUCUGGCAACGGCAGCGGAAACGACCAGUCCCCCUCCUCGUUAUCAGCGCCACGGGUCCUCCUGCGUUCCAACAGUGACAACAACCUAACAGUCAGUCAGUACCAGCAGCAGCACGGUUCUCCUGGCAACUGGGCCCCCCAUCUGCAGCAGCACCAACACACCCAACCCCACCUGCACAGGGCCCCCCAGCAGGGUCACUCGCAGCCUGGCUCCUCAGCAUUACAUCGCAGCCUGUCACCCCAGCUGCUCCAGCAGAUGCCCAGCGGCAGCCCCAAUGGCAACGUGGUGGUCCGGACCAUGGGGAGGGGGGCGAGGAGCCGGUCACCCUCCCUCAGCCGGCUGGGGGAGGAGGCCCGACGGGGUAUACCCUCACAGCGCCAGCCCAGUCCCAGCAGCCACGGCGAGGCAGUAGGCACCAGGAGGAAGCUGUACAGCGCCGUUCCUGGGAGGCAUUUUGUGGUGGUUCGUCCUUACACCGCUCAGGCCGAGGGGGAGAUCAACCUCUACAAGAGCGACAGGGUCAAAGUCCUGAGCAUCGGAGAGGGGGGUUUCUGGGAGGGCAGCGCCCACGGCCAGGUGGGCUGGUUUCCAGCCGACUGCGUGGAGGAGAUCCCAGCCAAGGCCGCCGACGAGAGGAGCUAUUCCCGAGCGGACCGCGCUGACAGACGGAAGCUCUUCAGACACUACACUGUGGGCUCCUACGACAGCUUCGAUGCCUCCAGUGACUGCGUGGUGGACGAGAAGACGGUGGUGCUCCAGAAAAAGGAGAAUGAGGGAUUUGGCUUCGUCCUGCGAGGGGCAAAAGCGGAUACGCCCAUCGAGGAGUUUACUCCCACACCCGCCUUCCCCGCCCUGCAGUACCUGGAGUCGGUGGAUGAGGGAGGAGUGGCAUGGCAGGCGGGGCUCAGGACGGGAGACUUCCUCAUCGAGGUCAACCAGGAUAAUGUGGUGAAGGUGGGCCACAGGCAGGUGGUCAACAUGAUCCGCCAGGGAGGCAACCGGCUCCUGAUCAAGGUGGUGACUGUGAGCCGGAAUCUGGACCCUGAGGACACGGCACGCAAAAAAGCUCCUCCACCACCAAAGAGAGCCCCCACCACAGCCCUGUCAAUGCGCUCCAAGUCCAUGACCUCCGAACUUGAGGAACUCGUGGAUAAAGCAACUCUAAGGAAAAAGAAAGGUGAUGCGCAGAAGAAGAGGAUUGUUUUCCAAGUCACUCUAAACAAAGUGGAAGAGAUGACACACGCCCAGAAGACCUCACCUGUUGAUAUGAAGAUCGCCACAAUCAAACCACGCCCAUCCAGUCGCUGUUUGGUUACGGCAGCUGAUAUGAAUUCCAUGUAUCAUGACCGCCAGGGAGUAGCAGUGGUGCCACCCACUGUGCCAGGGGCCUUCCUGGGGAUACCUGAGAAGGGCACUAUGAAAAAGCAAAAGUCCAUAGGUACAUCGGAGGAUGAGAAACAGGGAUUCCUCACACCUCCCCUACUCAAGUUCUCCCGCAGUCUCUCCAUGCCCGACACCUCAGAGGACAUCCCUCCUCCCCCAGCCAUUUCACCCCCUUCGCCACCUGCCUACAAUUCAGCUGCCGGCCCUACACCCAAGAGCUACGGCACGACACGACCCAGCUUCACCCAGAACUCUCCCAAUGCAGUGACGACCAUUAGCCGAACCACCGACGUUGGCACGUUAAGGCGUGGCUAUUUCCGGCAGAGCUCAGAGCACUUUGAGAGCACGCGCACUCGAGGGCGUACGCCAGUGCCAGAGAACCCUUACUCCGAGGUGGGCAAUAAGACACUGUAUGUGCCAGCAAAACCAGCUCGAAGGAAGGGCAUGCUAGUAAAGCAGUCCAAUGUUGAGGAUAGUCCAGAGAAGACGUGUCACAUGCCAGCAAGCCCCUCGGGCCCAGUUUCCAUGCCUACUACGCCUGUAGAACGAACGUGCUCCUCCAUACCCAUCCCCACCAUAAUCGUUAAGGAGCCCUCCACCAGCAGCAGUGGCAAGAGCAGCCAGGGUAGCAGUAUGGAGAUCGAGCCCACCACCCCUGAACACCCACCUCUCACACCCACUGUUGGUGGAAGUGGAGGUUUGCGUCCUGAAGACCCUAUGUCUCUAAGCAACCCCUUUGCGGCAGCUAUUGCCGGGGCAGUACGGGACCGGGAGAAGAGGCUAGAGGCAAAAAAACACUCAAUUGCCUUCCAGUCAAUAGACAUGGGGGAUGAUGACUUCAGUAGUCCCACGCCAACCCCUCGCCUUCGCCAGUCAAAGUCCAUUGAUGAAGGCAUGUUCAGUAGCGACGAGCGGCUUCGAAGGAUAUUGGCUCCCCCUCCUGCGGCACAGCUUGGGCCCCCUGUUGGGGGUGGUAGUGGCAACAUGACAGAUUUCAACACUCCUGAACCCACAGUGGUGCGGGAGCCUCUAAACACCAGAACAGGCCAGUGUCCCAACCUGGACAGUCCUGUUAGUCUCCCAUCCACUCCUCCUAAGAGCCACUACAGGGCCAAUGGGACCUACCUCCAUCCUGUCACCGGAAAGCCCUUGGACCCUAAUUCUCCACUAGCUCUGGCCCUGGCAGCUCGUGACCGGGCCAUGAAAGAGCAACAAAACCAUCCUCAGAAUCAGUCACAAAAUCCUCCUCAGGUUCAGCAAACCCCCAAGCAUGAAGCCCAGUCCCUCCCAAUUCAGCCAAGCCACAAACCAGACCUCAACCAACCGCUGUUUAUUGACACCAAACUACGCUCCGGGAUCGAGACAAGUUUUGCUGCAAUCUCCACUGCGACCAUGGGCCGGCCUGGCCGAGGUGGCCUGCGGAGGCAGCUGACGGAGCAGAAGUAUGAGUCCGAUGGAGCACGAGAAGAGCGGCAGCAUAAGGCAGUUGAGGAGAGGAAAAGCGCGCCUGCGGAUGUGGCUGACACCAAGUCAGCCGGGCUGUUGAUGGUCCACACCAGCACAGACGCAAGCAACAAGGUGAACAACCAAGAGGAGGGGCAGGACAGCAACAGGCCGUCUGAGCUGAAGGACCCCAACCAACCCGAUCCUCUAAAAGCUCAAACACUGUCCGCCAAUCCACAACCACCCUCGUCACGGAGGAGGAGUAUUCCUUUAGGCGAGUCCAUGGAUGAACCAGUAAAGCUGCCCUUCCGCAUCCCCCCUCCCCCUCUAGCCUCAGUUGACAUUGACGAGGAUUUUGACUUCACAGAGCCCCUCCCCCCACCUCUGGAGUUUGCCAACAGUAUUGACAUUCCUGAUGACCAGGCUAGUGCCAUUGCAGAGAUGCUUCAGCAACAGAGACGAAAUGGGGGACCUUCUCUACCCCCAUACCACGCUCACGCCCCACCACCUGUCACUGAUCAACACAAACGAGUGUCAAACAGCAUGCCCCCCUCAUAUCCUCCUCCUCCACCUGACCCAGAGUCAGGGGUGGGUGACUCGGGUAUCGAAGAGGUAGACAGCCGCAGUAGCGGGGAUCCUCAGCACAUGGAGACCACCAGCACAGUUUCCAGCAUCUCCACCCUGUCGUCAGAAGGAGGCUUCUGCGACAGCACUCUGGAGAGCCUCUAUGCCACCGCAGACGGGCAUGCCUUCCUGGUGGAUCGGCCCCCUGUGCCACCCAAACCCAAGGGCAAGUCCGUCAUCAACAGAACAUCGCUUUAUCAUGAUGCUCUCAUUGAAGAGCCCCCGGAGUCCUAUGGGUCACCGCCUCAGGCACCUCCCCCUCCCCCUUCCUCUGAACCUCCUAGGACUCCUACUCAAAGGACAUCCAAGCUGUGGGGCGAUCAGCCCCCUGAGCUGCGCAGCCCCCCAUCCACACCAGACACCAAGAACACCGUUAUCACAGAGCUGAGCUCCAUUCUGCAGCAAAUGAAUCGCGACAGGCCAGCCAAGCCAGGAGAAAGCCUCGACUCCCCCACGGGGACCAGGGGGGCUUUUGGAACAAGGCCUCCCGCAGAAGACUCAGGAAUGCGUAACAACGCCGCCGCCGCUGCUGCCCUCACCUCCACCCCUCCCAGCAGCCUCCCAUCCCAGACGCACCCCUGCAGCCCGCCAGACUCCGCCUCCUCCCUCACUCCCUGCUCCUCACUGCCGCCCUCCGUGUCGCCCACCCUCACCGACGUCUUUGGCCUGCCAACCCCGCCCAUGGGCAGCGGCGGCGGUUACAGCCUGAGCUCCUCGUGCGGCGGCAGCGGGAGCUCGCGCUCCCCGUCGCCGCUCACGCUGAUGCAGGCGGUGGCGGCCUCGGGCAAACCCUUCGCCUCAAAACCCAUGGAGCUGUGGAGCAAGCACGACGUGGCGGACUGGCUGGAGAGCCUCAACCUGGGGGAGCACAGGGACGCUUUCCUGGACAAUGAGAUCGAGGGCGCCCACCUGCCCUCGCUGCAAAAAGAGGACCUGAUAGACCUCGGCGUGACGAGGGUGGGCCACCGCAUGAACAUCGAGAGGGCCCUCAAGCUGCUGCAGGACAGAUAAGCCCCGAGGAGACGGGGAGGCGACGUGUGGAGUCAGGGCCGAGGAGAGGGAGGUGUUUCCGAUCACUUUUACCGAUCUCUUCAUCAGACAUAAUCUAAGUCGUGGAACUGGGUAGAAGUUUUGUCCAAGCUGAUGCUGCCUCUUGCUGUUUUUGUCCUCUCUCAUCCUCCGCCGCCCUCAUCUCAGUGCUCCGGUCUUGUCCGCCCUCUUCCUCCUUCCCACCCGCCCCGAGCAUCAGGGGAUCAUGGGAUGUCGGGCAGAACUGCAGGGGGAGAGAGAAGAGAAUAGCUGCUAUGUCACAUCAAGGAGAGAGAAAGCAGAGGAGACCAGUACGAAGGACUGACCAGAAAACAAACUCUGGAAUAGUGUGUACUCAACUGGAAGUUUAUUUCACAUAAAGACUCGUGCUCACCCAACUGCUUUGGAAUACUAAAGACUUUUUCCAUACACCCCGGUGUGGGUGCAUGAAAACCAGCUGAGCUGGUCGUUGCUCCUUUUCUAUCUUUGCUAGAGUUUGUUCAGAGAAUAAUAUUUCUUCACUAGAGUCCUACCGGAGUUAUAUUUCUGGGUGCAUCUAAGGUUGUAGAGAAAAAUUUGAGAUAGACUCCAUUUUCUUUUGCUUUUCACCUGUUUGUGUCAAAAUAAGAACAUUAGCUGACAUGUUUAUACAAAUACUAAACCAUAUCUCAUGUCUCAUGUACACACACACACACACACACACACACACGCGUUAUGCACAGUGCCACACUGACGAACGAGAACACACACACUGUCUUCACACACCCUAAGCAUGUAUACACACACCGAUACUGCGAUGGCCUUCUUCUCCUGAGAGAGAGCAACGCGUGGAGAGAGGUGGUCACCAGAGGAGGAGCUCCGCUGUAGCAGGGGGCCCUCCCGGGGGCCCCUCGCCAGUCUACACCCACCAGGUGUCCACCUCAUCAUACAAGGCCAAGGACACGAGGUACACGACGGACAGACGGACGUUGGACCAGAUUCUCACCUUGAAGCGGUUUUACCAGCUCGUCUGUCUGCAGAGGGCGUCCUUGUCCCUCCUGGCCUUUCCUUCUAAAUGUGUGUGUAUGUGUGUGUGUGUGCGUGUGCGUGCGUGUGUCAACGGUUGACCCAAAAUAUCAUUAAGGCCACUUUAGCUAUUUCCAUGAAUCCGCUAUGUAGGCCACAGUAUAGGGAAACUAGAGCUGUUCUUUACUUUUGUACUUUCCUUCAUUAUGCCAGAUCUCCUUCCACUCCACCAUUAGCAGGUCGACACUCAUGUGGCCCCCCGGUAACGCUGAUGCAUCACACACCCGCUGUGUGCGUGCGAGAAGUUGAGGUUUGUUAGACACAGCAUUACAAGGUGCGUUUAAAGGAAUAGCUCGACAUUUUGGGAAAGAUUGGCUUUCUUGCUGCGAGUUUUUGAGAAGAUUGAUACCACGCUCGUGUUUAAAGAUUAAACUGGAGCUAGCAGACGAUUAGCUUAGCAUAAAGACUGGAAGCAGGGGGAAACUCCUAGCCUGGCUCUGCAAUAAGUUUAACAGGGGGUCCGUUGGGGUUUAAAAGGUCUUGUGACAGUACAGAUUCCUCCGGUGUCAGAUCAGGGGAAAAGGAACCAACCACAUAAUAAAAACACGUCUACUCGGAGAAUUAAAAAAAUGGAUAAGGGGAUUUUAAUGAAAAUAAACCAAUGAACAAAAAUAAGCCUGCAGGCGACAAGUCAUCAUAAAGCAAGGAAACUCUCUACGAAUGACUCUAAAGUCCGCCCUGAUGCAGGUACUGAGGGUUCAUUUCCAGAAUCAGACCAGGGUUUGUGGCGUAUCUACUGACGUGAGAUCUGCUCUAACUGAGGAAGGAUCAGAAUACCCUCGGUGAGCAGUUCCCCUCUCCUGAUUGGCCAACAGGUGAUGUGAAUGGUGCCGUACUCGGCCCCGAGGAACGCUGACGUUGAGCUCACACGACUGAACGAGGAACUGCUGCGUCUGAAAUCCAAUCGUCUGAAUUUUAGGCUUUAAAAUGUCUUUAAUGUUAUUCUGAGAGGGGGAUGGGAUUAAUGAAAUGGAAUAAAACCUUGUAUUGAUUGAAACUGUUGGAUGACAUUUGGUUCAGACAUUCACGUUUCCAUCCCCGUUUCCUCAGGCUGAACUCUAAUAGUGAACUCUUUGGUGAUCCAUUCACUUUUCCUCUAGCGCCACCUUCAGGUCAAUAAUUCAGGUUUCCAGUAACAGAACAGAGCCAGCGGGAUUUCUCCACUGAAUUCUGGAUGAUUGCAGAAAACAAAGGUUUAUGAUACUUACACAUUUUGUUCAGUAAGAUAAUCUUCACCAAUCAAACACUUUUAUGAUGUUUGAGGAGUAAACGUUAGGCUAUAAGCUCCACCACGGUCACAUGACUUCAGUGAACUCAGAUGGUAAACAAGGUAAACAAAGUAAACAACUGCUAAAACAUCAUCGUUUCCAGUCUCAAUGCUAAGCUAAGCUAAUGGUCUCCUCUCUCUACCCCCACAUUGAUACGACCGUGGAAUCGGUCUCAAACUCUGAGAAAGAAAAUGUAUAAAUAUAUUUCUUGGUAUUGAAUUUGAAUCCAGUGUAAAAUCCUUUUGGAGCCUUUUUUUUUUUUAGCUGUCAGCAAUUUUAAAUAACACAAAUAUUUAAUAACUAAAACUCACAGGUUGAUGUUUAAAGAUAAAUUCUGUAUUUUCUAUUUAGCUAAAUGACUUCCUGAACAUGUUGUACAUUGUUCUUUAAUGAAAAAGAAGAGAUUCGUUAGCAUCAAGCUAACUCGAGUUCAAAUCCGACCUAACCCUAAAUGAAGCCGUUUUCAGGUACAGGUCAGCGCCGACAGACCGCCAAGACAAACGAGACCUUUGUCUUAUAAUUGUACGUAUCAGCAGGUUAAUGCUUCGUAGAGCGGCGUCGGCCAGAUGACAUUAAAAUCUCGCCGAAGCGUCGGCCUCUGGAGCAGAUGGAGAAUCCUCGGCUUCAGGGUUUUAUAUCGAAUUACGUGUUCACGUAAGUCCUCAUGCCGUGUCCUGCCCUCGAACCACUGUGCAAACAAACCAACCAGAGAACAACCUGACGGAGGCGGCAGAUGUUCAUCAGCCCCCUGUGAGAUUAGAAAGGAUAGAAACCAUUUCUGAUCCGUUGCAGACGGACUUCGAGUCGCUGUAACUAGACUGGACUACGAGCUUUUCUCCAAGUCCUCAUCCGGUCUCGCUGCGGGGACCGGGCUCAAACUUUGUUAUAAGGGUCCAAUUUUAAAAAUCAGCAUUUAUAAAGCUGGAAAAUGUUUGUGUUUGCUAGCAAUGAGUACAGGCUGGUCAGAAGUAGAAGUACAGUGUGUGUUGAAAUGUGUGUAUAUAAGAGUGUUUAACAGGAUACAAAUGUCUAUUUGAUUAUAUGUAUAGCUCUAUUAAAAAGGUUUAGAGUAAUAAAAAAAACGAUUCUAUGAAGGUUGAUUUAUAGUUGCCAGAGCCGACCCGAGGACCAGCGCAGUGGUCUCAUUCGCCCCCCCAUCCUGCAGAGGAUGCCUUAAAUAGCUCACAGCUCCCCUCCUCCACCGGCACCACCGUCCUGUCGCUCCGUAGAGAAAAAGAGCUCGUGUUUUAUCUCGAAGUAGAUUCUUUCAGAGCACGCUUCACGUGCGCUUUCGAUAUGUGCUCGACAGUAACCCAACGUCUGGAAAUAUAUAUGGUUUUUAGAGCAACUUCACUCUUAUUUGGUUUCAUAUCACUCCGCAGCUUCAUGUAGGUGCAGCUUUUUUUUUCUUUGAGGAGACAAAUGAAACAUACACAAGCUCUGUGUUCUGUGAACAUUAGCCGUACGGAGGCUGGCACGGGACAAUGCUGCUAUAAUCCUGUUCCUGUUCGGACUUAUUUUAAAACCAACAGCGACGUGUCGGCGGGGGCAGAAAAGCACAGUAUUUUUAAAGAUUUGUAUAGAGUUCUAUGAAAUUUUAUAGAGGUUAUCUGAACAAAACCUGUUCAACACGCGUGGAUUGCCAAAAAAAAACAAAUACUAUAUAGAUAAAAAACGUGGAUAUUAAUAGACUUAUGGGUUAUGUAAGAAGCAAUAUUUAUUCUGAAUGAAUCUCCUUGGUUGUGUUUUAUUUUCCCAUUUUAAAGUUACAUAUCAUGAUCACUUGUCAGUGUUUUAAUGAAGUGUUGCCUAAAGUAGAAACACUCUCUACUGCAGUAGGGAGAUAUUUUGGCCAAUCCAGUGAACCCAGGUAUCUUCUGACGACCACCAUCUGCCUGACUCUCACCCUCUGAAAGUCUGGAGCGAGUGUAUGAAAAGAGCAAAAUAAUCUGUAAAUUAAAAAAAAAUCUCUCUAUAUAUAUAUCCGCAGGCCAUCUUGGUAGGAAAUAUAUGAAACCUAUAUAUAUGUAUACAUACAGAAAUCCACCAAAAAGAUUAGCGGUGGCUGUCGGUUCCCGCCGGCGGACCACCGAGCAGUUUUCUGUGGAAACGUAGAGCUGAGUAGACGUAGUAGGAAAUCUUUAAAGAGCAUCACCAGGCCGUGUUCAGGACGGGCACGGCUCACUAACCCACUUCCACUCCCCUUCAAAACACUGCUCCCACCUUCAUCAUUGUCCAACAUUCGGGUAACUGUUUCUGAUUUCUUUUCUUUCUUUCUUAAUUGAUUAAUUUAUUUUUUUCAUGAAUAGAUUUUAUUCUUUGAUUAAGUCUUCAUAGAGGCUAAGAUGUUUUCGGUAAUUUGUGCAGAGACUUGUGUUCAUGUUUUCUAUGUUGCUGUAAUUUUGUGCUACUGAAUCAUCAUAGAGUCAACUAAUUACUGAAAUGAAAAAGAGAGAGAAUUUUCCUGUAACUGCACUCCCCCCCCCCCCCCCUCGAAUCCUCAAGACUUCUUGUAUGGCAACCAAAAUUCACUGUAAGAAAUAAAUAUAAUAUUGCACUA